AUGACAGUGUUGCUACUUGCCUUCUGCGCCUUCGGUCUCGCCGCGUCUAACGAUCAAACGCAAUUCGACGAGUACACCGGUAGAAUAAACGAUAAGUUUAAAACAUAUGAACUAGAAGUGCCGGGAAAAGAACCGAUCACAAUCAUCGAAACAGCACCCGUCUCCAAUUUAGGACGCAAAUGGGAUACUUCUGAUGAAAUAAGUAACAAGGAUGUAGAAAUCAAGAAUCUGAUGACGCAUAUUAUUCAUGAUUUCAACGGUAAUCGACCACGUUGCUAUGGACCAUCGUGUCAAGAUGGAUACAAUGGAAAUGAAGGCUCACAGGAUGACAUCGAAGACAUAUACAUGGCUGAAAAUUUGGACAAACUCAGAGAUUAUCGUGAUUUCCCUAAAGAUCGUCUGCAGGCCAUUAGCGCCUUAGCAGCAAAAUUGAAGAAAGACAAGUUCAAGACUGAUCGGUUUUCACCAGUUAACGAUGAAAGUGUCGAUGACGAUAAUAGUGGGAAGAUAUUUACAUCAUGGAACCGAUUAAAAGUAAAGCAACAUAAACAUCCUUUUGAUGACAAAGAUGGCUGGGUUACGUUAGAACCAGUGGCAUGGUCAACAAGCAAGAUUUCAAAAUGGAAACCGAAUGUGAAAAAACAAAAACCCAACCAUUGGAAUGAGGAUGAAGAGAGUAUUCCCAGUGAUGAUAGAUUAACUGCCAGUUUAGAUACGGACACAAGAUACAACUACCCACAGAGCAAGCCCACCUUAAGCCGGCCUGGGUAUAUUAAUAACAAGCUGCAUUUGCCAUCGGAUUACGAUACUGAAUUGCCAUCAAAACCUACAUGGGCAAGGCCGCAGCCAUCGCCUUCAAAUUUUCAAUCAUCUUGGGCUCCGGACGAGAGCCGGCGUCCUCACAAGCACAAUUGUGACUAUAAUGAAAAUUAUCCAAAUGAAGAUUCAACUCACUAUGAAAUGGAGGAUCCGGUUAUGAUUGAUCCCCGACCAUCGAAAUUUCCUUACGAUUAUGAAGCACUCCAUCAGAGUACAACUCAAAAGCGGCCAUACCGCAGGCCUACUAUGUACGGUGGUAUGUCUGAUACUGACGAUGAUGACCGGUCUUCAAGACCACCCCAUGGUGAUGGACAGUGGGUGCUGCUUUCAACGACUAAAGGUUACAGAAAUAAAAAACGUCAGAGAUCCCUUAAUCCAAUGGACACUGAAAAUACAGACUAUCCAUCAGUUACGUCACACCAAGCAGUUGCAUUAACGGUAUUGCCGGUUGAUGAUAAACAUACUAAUAUGACAACUUCGCACGGGGGUCUUCUGGAGGUAGAAAGAAGCUUCCAGACAGUAGAGGAGUCAAAACUAGAUAUGGACAAAAAAAAUGACUUGGAGGUUUUGGCAUCCCAACCGACACCUGUCAGAAAUAAGAUCAUUAGGAAGAAAGUUGUGCCAAACAACCUACCCGAUAGCUCUACUGUUUUCGCUGCAGUAGGUGCUGGCAUGCUCCCCGCAACGAUGGCGAUGGUUGUUCCUAUGAUGCUAGGUCGAAGACGCAGGAAGAGGGACUUAAGAGAGAUGACUCCACCAUUACAUUUAGACAACUACGUUAGGUACUUCAGAAAUGAG